AGAAUGAGCUGUCUGUUUAGCCGACAUUUUGUUUCCCAUCACAACUUAGUCACAUCCUAGUGCAACGACUACCUUUGCGAACAAAUUCUCGAUUAAUACUGACUGUUUUCAUUCAGGAGUGGAGUAUUUUCGCGUAACCCUCCUGUGUGGAAGUAGUCGGUCAAUUGUGUCCGGUUUUCCGAUAGAAUUAUCAACGCUCUUCUAAUUUUAUGUGUACGUGUCGUAAUCCAGGAAAAAUACAGGCGAAUUAGUUCCCAUUGUCCAGUUCUUUCCGAUAGCAGUCAUUUUUUCGUGCUGCGUUGGAAGAAGUAGGAAUUGUUAGUAAUACUUAAAUGCAAGGGUAGUGGCCCGGUAACAACGCAGAAAAUUUUCUAAAAGUAAAAAAGUUCAGCAUUUAUCGAAGUAGUGAGCGGCCUAAGUUGAACAUUUGCACGGCAGACUUAAACAAGCGAAAAUAGCAAUGGGUACCCGCGAUGAUGAAUACGACUAUUUAUUUAAAGUUGUUCUUAUCGGUGAUUCAGGCGUUGGUAAAAGUAAUCUACUUUCAAGAUUUACUAGAAACGAGUUUAAUUUGGAGUCAAAAUCCACCAUAGGCGUUGAAUUUGCCACUAGAAGUAUAGAGGUCGAUGGGAAAACAAUCAAAGCCCAAAUAUGGGACACCGCUGGUCAAGAACGCUAUCGGGCUAUAACGUCGGCCUAUUACCGCGGAGCCGUUGGAGCACUGUUGGUUUAUGACAUAGCUAAGCAUCUAACCUAUGAGAACGUAGAACGAUGGUUGCGUGAACUGCGUGAUCACGCUGAUCAGAAUAUCGUAAUUAUGUUGGUCGGCAACAAAAGUGACCUGCGACAUCUGCGUGCAGUACCCACGGACGAGGCGAAAGGUUUUGCGGAAAGGAAUGGCCUCAGUUUCAUUGAAACGUCGGCGCUUGAUUCAACUAAUGUCGAAACUGCAUUCCAAAACAUACUCACAGAAAUUUAUCGAAUUGUUUCGCAAAAACAAAUUCGAGAUCCACCAGAUGGCAGCGUGAUUAGACCAAAUUUGGAAAACAUCGACGUGAAACCGACGAAUCCCGCGUCUGAUUCAGUGCGAAAACAAUGUUGCCAGUGACCGCCACAAGCAGAUUCAAUACAAACUGUUAUUAGUUCUGCUAUAGAUACAACUGCAAAAAGAGAAACUAGAACUGCUAUUACAACUUCAUCUACUAAAACCAAUACUAUUGAUACUACUAUUAUUGUCACUGUUGUAGCAAACAUCAGUAAUAAUAAUAAGAUAUUCCUUUACGGUAACAAUAGUUUCGGUGAUAUGCUUUUGAUUUGGAACAGAAAAUAGAACAAACAAAUACUUAAAAUGAGAUGUUAAGCAAACACCUUUAUCCAAAAAAAGGAAAGAUAAAUAAAACAAAAUAAUGUAGUCAAAUUGGAAAUAAGAUAAAUACCAGCUAAUCGAAUAACGCAAACUACUAUUAUCUCUCCUUACAUUUUCAAAAACAGCCCUUUAAGCGGUUCUAAAUGUCAAUCUUUUGGACAAAUAAAAAAUAACAAACCUACAUGUUGUUUUAGUAACACGGAGUGCUAUAUUCCUUUGCAAUGUUUUGAUUAUAACGGUCAUUAUUAAAUGCUAUACGUCGCAUUUUCGAUCGGGUUUACCGCUCAUUUAAUUUUGUUGGCGUAUUCAAAAAUAUGAUCUAUCAUCGAUCGAAAACCCGACACAUCAUUUUUAAGAAUAAGCCGGUAUGUCUUUUUUCACAAUCGAUCUUAUGUAUGAACUAAAACGAGCCAUUAACGUUAUUUUCAUUUUGAUGAACUGCAAAAAACAUGUUAUUGCACAGGAACACAACAAUAAGUAAUAUUUACACGUAUGUACAUCUGAGCUAUGUUAUAUCCGUAGACUUUUUCGGAUUUUUUAAAGAGUCAAAUUCGUUUGAAACGUUGCGAACUGAUUUAUUUGUAGCACUGCGAUCAUUGUACUGAAUACAGUAAUGAAAUAGGCAAUUUAAAAGCCAGCUGGUAGACACUUUCACUUUAGGAGCAAAACAGCUUAGAGACAAAACGGAACAGGUUACGAGACAAAUGUUGAAGAAUAAUGCUAGAAUAAGAACAUGCAAAACUAGUAAGUGAUAUGCUGAGCUGAAAAAGAGUUUAAUUAUUUUUACCAUCAUUCACGGCCCAGAAAACAACAAGAAAGGUAUUUUGAAAUUUCCAACAAUUUGUUUUUCCUGGUGCGCUUUCGUCAAUUAAAUUGUUAUGUUAGAAGCUUUGAAAACAAAAACCUAAAUCUAGUGUCAUAAUGCGAAGCAUUUAUGCUUAGCUCAUUCAGUUUUUUUUUCGACUUUUAUGGUGAUGCAAUUUAUUGUCGCUAUAGUUCAAUCAAUAAAUAAAUAGGCAAGUCUUUUUGAGUGAUAUUACACUUAACUGAUAUUCAAGUACGAGUACUUCAUAUAACCAAUAUGUUAAAAGUAUUCUCAAAUAACCCAAAUAUAAAAAUGGUAAUUUUCAAAUACAUGCACCUUAUUGUACACUAGUAUAUAAAUAAGGUAGCACACAAAAAACGAAAAUUUAAUUUUUCUUGCAUAAUUAAACAUUUCAAUUGGCAGUUUAAAGCUGCUUUUCAGAAAAGUAAUCAAAUGUGUUAUACCAGUCUUCGCUCUAUAACACGUUUGUGUGCACUAAUUAUUUUCGGUGAAUUCAGGAUACAUUUUCUGACAAAUCAUUCCUAAAAUUAAACAGAAUAAGAAAAGCAAUCAAGUAGAUUUUCAAAGUUGACGGAAGUCUGCAACCAGGUUAUGUUAAAAAAUGAUUUGACAUUUACUAAGAGAACUAUUACACUCUAUUAAACAGUAUAGGUACUAUAUUCUAUUAUGAAUAAAAUA